AUGUCCUCUGACGACGCCUACAUGUCCUUCCUGGACAAAGCCAAUGCAGAUGUGAGCGGCAGCGCCCCGCAGAAAGGGUCCGGCACCGUCAAAACCGAGACCGUGCACAGCUCCCUGUCAGUCCCAAAGCCGCUGCAGUCCGUCGAAGCAUACUACAUCUCCGAUACAGACGAGCCCUUCGAGCCCGUGGCAUUGAAAUGGGAUGGCGCUGCCGAGGGAGCGUGGCCUAGUGCUGACCAGCUCUCCUCCCUGAUAUCCCCAGAUACCGACCUGUCCCAGUCCAUCUCCAUCCUAUCCCCCUCUUCCUUCGACCCGAAGAAUCAAUACUCCGCCGCCCUAGAUGCUAUCCGCGCCGCGGCUGUCGAGAAGGAUUCUGGUGCCGAUCAGUCGGCUGUCGGGCUGAAGGUCUACCGUGUUGAACAAACUAGCACCAAGAUCGAGUACUGGGUCCUGGCGCUCCAUGCGCCUCAGAGCCGUCUUGUCGGUUUGCGCGCCAAGGCCGUUGAGUCUUAG